GUAUAUAAAUCUUUUGAAAUAAGACGGUUGACUACUAUAUUAUAAUUAGUUUUAUCAACAAGCAUUACCUUUACUAGACAGAUGACUCUGGUUAUAGAUUGGUCACACUGAAAUAAAACAAUACUGCACAAAGUAUCUAGGCCAUGUAUCUAGUCCAAAUAAUUGUACGUUGACAGAUUUUUUUUAGAUUUUUGAUGGCAAAUCCUUCACGUACAAAUUGUUUAGUAUCAAAAGUGGGUAGUUGUUCCGAUCAGGAUUCCUGGUUAAAGCAUAUAGCGUCUAUAAAACAUCAUAAAAACAAAAAAUAUUACCAGAUAAUGUUAUUUUAUAUUGGUUCCGUACACAAAAAAAUAAAUAUCCAACUUUUAAUUAUGAGUUUGACGGCUUUUCUUCCUUUCAUUCUGUCAAAACAUAACGAUAUAUACAUGACGGUCACCUGCAAUGCUUCAAUGCACAGUUUUAAAUCGCUCGGAACAUUUCGGCCAUGGCCGAGUUGGUACGAUUGUAUAACGAGGUCUAUCUCGAAGCUUUGUCGGAGGAGGCCGAGUUAUUACGAUUGUAUCGAGUUGUUUCCCUUCGCAUAAUUGUUGUCAGUGUCAGUCAACUUUCGUUUUAUUGGAAAGGUUAUGGAACCUCUUCUAUUUACUGCGACAAAGAGUUACUGGCUAAAGGAUAUCCUUUUGAAUGCGAGAGAAAACAGCAGGAUCACACCAUUCUCAUCAAAACUCACAAGCCUGAUGAGCUGUCUUUUAGGAAACUGGGACGGAACAGUUCGCUUCCAUUUGCUAAGAGACUAGUUGAAAGAAUGCCAGAGUAUCAUCGCGCCGUGUUACUUAUCAGAAAUCCAUACGAAUUUCUUGUUGCAAAUAUCCAUUCUCAACAUAUUGAUGAAGUACCCGAAAAGGCAUUUGCGGGGGAAAAAUGGCGAAGCAGUCAGCCUAAACUGUUUCAAUAUUGGCAGGACAUCAAUCAUUAUUGGCUUCAUGAGUUCAAUGGUCCAGUGCUUCCCGUUCUGUAUUCACGCCUACGACAUGAUGUGGCUGGAGAACUCGAACGGAUUCUAGAUUUCAUGCAUGUCAAUGUAACCGAGCUAGAUAUUAAAUGUGCGAAAGCAAACGGGGAAGGCAAUUUCCACAGAAAACCUAGAAAGUGGACAAACAUUAACAGCAUUGUUGAUCUUUUCCCUGAAGAUUUCCAAAGAAAAAUAAAUGCUAGUGUAACAGAAUAUUCAAAACAUUUAAAGUCAUGUUACAAUGUGGACUGGGUAUCAGAAUAUGACAAUUUGUAUACAAAAAAUACAAGAAGAGUAAAUUAAUAUACACGGCGGUAGUUCAUUUUUGAAAGAAACUCUUCAUAUAAGCCUGAAAAUGUAAUGAGUAUUUUUUCUAGAUGGGUUUCCUUGCUUAUUGUUCUGUUUUUAAGUUAUAGUCAACUAAAACGAUAUUUUUAUGUAUUUGAGGAGGCACGAUGUCGCUAAAAUGCCCUAUGGAUCUUGGGGAAUGAUUGUUGGACCGAGUGUCUAAAAUGACAUUUUAACGACCGUUCCAAGGCGGUACCUAACAAUUCUUGAUAAACCCAUCUAGUUUUUAUAUAGUGUAUAUGCAGUGUGCUGUUUGUGGAGUAUUGUGCUGUUGUUCCAUGUUUCUUGUUCGUGAUUUUUUGUUUAAGUGUUUUGUAUUUUUGGCGUUUACCCUGUUCCAUUAAACGGGGUUUAUGUUUAAACGUUUGGGUACUAGGCUUGUUUCUGUAGUUUUUCAUAUAAAUAUUGAGCACACAACCUUGAAUUGGAGGCGGA